UGUGGAAUCCAAGGCUGAGACAAACAUGUGGAAGCCGUCCGAGGAUGAUCUCACUGCCGCAGAGAACGCCAUCACACGAGGUACAAAGAUCUGUUGGAUCUGAUGCGCUUCAUUCAUCUUUCGUCGUUGCUGGCAGCAUCAGAUCUGCCCCUGGAAGUGAGGCGUUCGCUCAAGCAGUGCCUUGAUCUGUGGCGCACAGUUGCAGAAGAAAACACGGACGAUGAAUGCAAGAGGUGGGAGGCACUUCACUUCCCUCCGUGACGUUCUCUUCUCAUGUGUACUCAUCGAUUGCAUCUUCUCUGUGUUGCCUUACUUAUCGCUGCAUCAGUACGUCACGAGAGGACGUGAAGAGCCUCGCGGAUGAGCUGAGCGCACGAGCGUGGGAAAGGUAAGGUGAGCAAAGGCAAAAGAAGCAGUUCACUCACUCACGCGUGUUGCCACCCGACCCUAUCCAUCAAUGCAGGUUGCAUUCCGGCCCUUACAAGGACGUAUCGCUCUCGUGCCGGCAGCUGUAUGGCCUCACCUGCCUCAUCCAGUCGUCCCUGCACCUCACAUCACUCAAGAGUGAUGCGCCCCGUCCAUCAGACCAAGACGAGCAGCAGCUGCAGGAGGCCUUCCGUGCAGUGGACCUCGGUAUAUAUAUUGCAAGGACUGACACUGUAUGGGUGAUGCGCUCGUGGCUGCCGGUGUGUGCCUGUGGAGGAGGUCUUCAGGUCUGAUAAUGGGCGGUGAGGGUCCGCAGCGGCAACUUCUUCUUGACCUGGCGAACCACUUGCAGCAGCUGUCAGAGCAGUGGGAUGAAGCUGAACCACCAGCCAAGGUCAGCAAGGAGAUUCCACACGAGUAGACCUUCCUGUCGUGCGGCACGGACAGGUCGUGAUUGUGUCUGACAGCGUCAGCGCACUCAGGGGCCGCUGGAGCCGUCAGUGGCCAUCCCCACCGCGGCAUCUGCAUCAUCCAUCCCCACACUUGACGCAGGUGGGUGCGGAGGGACUGGGGAAGCUGUUCUUCAAGAGCGCACUCAUCGUGUGUACGUGCUUGCUCCUCAGAGCCCGAUCUGGAGACGUUCCUGGUGCAGUUCUUUUUGCCAAAGAAGCCCGUGCUGCUCAGAGGUGUGUUCAGGUCAUGGCCUGCUGUGGACAAGUGGAGGGACUUCUCCUAUCUGAGGAAGGUAAGGUAAACAAACCUGCGACACAUCACAUCGAUCGCCUUCGGGCCACGCAAAGCACAUGUUUGUGUUAAUGCGUUUCUGCAGGUCGCUGGCCGUCGCACAGUCCCCGUUGAGAUAGGUCCGUACGUAAGUAACACGACUCACCCACCUGUCUGCCAGAAAGGGCGCUCGUGUGGAAGGGAGGGACCUGCCUUUAUCUGUGUCUGUCUGCAGGCAGCAGCUACAUCGAGGAUGACUGGACACAGCGGCUGAUGCCUCUGCGAGAGUUCCUCGACACCUACAUCGCCACCCAGGCCGACCACCCGUCAGCAGCAGUGGCCUACAUGGCGCAGCACACGCUGUUCGACCAGGUCCCCCAGCUGGCCGCCGACAUUCCGAUCCCGGCCAUCACUGCGUGCGGCGACACCUCCACCCUCAUCCGCAUGGCCUGGAUCGGGCCAAAAGGCACUGUGUCGCCGCUGCACACUGACCCUUACGAGAACCUGUUUGCACAGGUCAGGGGGGCCAAGUAUGUGCGGCUCUACUCGCCGGAGGAAACGCCUAGACUCUACCCUUUCAAAAAGGUCACAGUGAAGGCAGCACCAUUCUGCGGACGGUGUGGGUAUGCGUAUGUCGGUUCGAUGCAGGGUAUUCUGACCAACACGUCGAGUGUGCAGGCCGACAUACGAGACGGCUCAGUCGAUGCAGCCAAGUUCCCUGUAAGCAAGCGAGCGACCUUGAUUCUGUUCUGUGUGAGCAUUGCAUUGCAUUGCAUAUGUGUUCGUACGCUCAUGUGUGUGGAUGCAGGAGUUCGGCAAGGCGUCUUACGUUGACUGUGAGGUGGGGGCGGGCGAUGCGCUGUUCAUUCCCAAGGGGUGGUGGCACUUCAUCAAGUCGCUCGACGCAUCCAUAUCAGUGUCUUUUUGGUUCGAGUGAGGGAGUGAGCGGGCGUGGCGUCGUGUCCUACAUCCCCAUGGGGACGGACGGGAGGUGUGCAUAGCUAGG